CUAGCGUUCUGGUCUUUAUCGAUUUCUGUCAACGUUCUACUGACGUUGGAAAUCACCGCCUACUUGCUAUAUGCUCGAUGGAGAAUACAGUCAAUUGCAGCUACCACCAUGCUUACGCCUUAUGUGUCUGUCAGCGCUAUGUUGAUUGAGAGCGCGAUGUUGUACACCAUCAACGGUCUCAUCCUCGUCAUCAGUCUUGCUUUGGAGAAUCCGGUCCAGGAUUUAGCAACACCAGUUCUGGGACAAACGCAGGUCAGCGCUGUACCAUCUCAAUGA